CGACCAUCGACUACCUAGAUUCCCAGCGUGCCAUCGUCACUGGUGCAGCAGUGGCAGCACGCACUCGUUCAGCCCCCAAAGGCCCUUGCAUCGUCCGCAGCGGGAGCAUGUUGAUAGGACGAGUAGGGCAACAUGGCGGGGAUCCCGGCCCCGCUCCGCUGCAGCAUGUCAUCACAACACAAGACGGCCCGUUGGGAAUUGCUCUCGAGUUUGCAGAGGGACCCGUUCACCCCUCUUCGCCGCCGCCGCCGCCGCCCACGGGGUCGGAGAGCUUAGCUUCCCUGGAGGAACCCGUUGCCACGGACUCGCCGCCGUUCACAGCCUUCCUCUCAUGCCCACAUUGACGGUUGACCCCAGCCCGCCCCCUGGCUUUCCGGGGGCUCUGUCCUGAGGGUCUUGGUGCACGCAGGACGCAGUACGACAGAAAGGCGGUGUUGGCACUCUUUGAGGGGCCUUUAGAUUUGAGGCCAUCGCGGCCAUUGGACCAACCGGCGCAACCACACAGCCAUUAGCGCCUGACGGUCUACCUAGACGGACAACUUUUGAUCAGCAGAUCCAAGAGACACGGCUACCUCAUGAUGCCAGGCCGGUGCUGCAGGUAAUGUCAUGUAGCAUUACUCGCCAGUAGCUCAUACGACACAUUUCCCGCCAAGCUAGGUAGCCACCGAGGAGUCAGAACAGGGGAUAGACGAUGCGAGCUCCAUUAGCUUACUGCAUGGUACCGCAACAGCUGUUGCUAACCAACUAACUUGCUGCUGAUGCUGAUGCUGUUCUGGUCAGGAUGGGGAAGAGACGCUAUGCAACUGGGUGGGUUUCACAUCCUUCAGCCCAACUCUUCUCCUUUUGGGUGGCUUGCUCAUGGCUCACUCACCCCAUUUUCCCAUGCCUACCCUUACAUUAGUGCAUCUAUCUGUCUCCUUUCCUUUCUUUUACAUGCAUCCACAGCCUCCUCGUCUUUCGUUUCGUAUCCAACCCUAUGCUCGAGGCUCCAACAUUUGUACAAGUACUUGAAGUCAGCCGCACGCUGCUCAAUUGAAGCCCAGAGAGCACGCGACAUCUCAUCUCUUCUCUCUCCCCUCUGAUAUAUACCAGCAAAAAAAAAAGAGGAGCUCCCGUCGCCCUACGCCCACGGUCCCUGUCCCACACACACACACUUGGGCCAGAGAGAGCCCCUCAUUCCCUGUCCCGCACGUUUUGUCUCAACUUCGAGCUCCAAAACCCCACCUCGAUUCCCGUCAGCUCGCAUUUUCGCAGCCAAGUGCAGACUCAACAGCGACAAACCCAGUUUGAGUGUCCAGAGUCUCCAAGCAACUACCAUGUCUCUCCAGGUUGACGACCGAGGCUGUCGCACCCGUUCGCGCUCGCCGGGCCGUCGCGAGCGCAGUCGUAGCCCCGCGGUCCCCGCCAUGGUUGAUCCCUCGCGCGAGCCCAGCUAUGCUUACCCGGAAGACGACCUCGAUGGUGGCAGAUAUGGACGCGAGAGAGGAGGCGCCAACGUCGUCACCGCAGAGCCGGGCGCCAGCCGCGCCAUGUCAGGAGCUAUUCCUUACCCAGAGGACGGCAGCGACGCAAUGUUUCCAGGCACCAGGUCACUCUACGACUACGAUGACCCGCGCGGCAGCAAUCCUGCUUACCGUCCGCCCCCAUCACCGCAAGACAACUACUACCGCAACUCGCGCGAGAAGUACGACGAGCCCCGUGACGACGACAAGCUCAAGUAUCUGCCCGCAAAGUACAGCAGUCACGGUCGCAGUAACAGCAAAUACGGCAACGAGGCCGAAUACGCGCCUCAAAAGCCGCCUCGCCCUGACGCGGGCGACCUGUACCCUCCAGCGAAGCCCCCUCGCCCUGUGUCGCCCGGCGGCUACGCUUACGCUCAGCCGCAGCCCUACGAAUACGCAAAGACCGACGACAAGGCCAAGAAGAAGGAGGAAAAGAAGAAGGCUCUGGAGGAGAACCUCGCAUACGGCUUCGACCCCAAUGCUUCUAGACCAGGCGGCCUCGCCCCUGAGCCCCGAUACUCUGGUCGCGCACCGAGUCCAGGGCCACAGAUCUCGGCCGGCGCCGCGCAGUACUACGCUAACGACCCGCGCGUCUCGUCCAAUGUCUUGACGGUCGAACCCGGCAGCCGCAGGCGGGACAAGUCGCCCCAACCGCCUACUCACCGCAUGUCGAACCUCUCUGUAAACACUGGCCACCACUCCAUGAACGUGAGCAUGUCGCUCGCCAACGCACCGGGGUCGCCGCUGCUGGAGUCGUACCACGGCACCUAUCAGGACAUGUCACCCAUGCCGUCACCCAUGCUGCUGCCCUCAUCACACGACCUGCAGGUCAUGGAGCCCCUCUCGCCAAUCGGCUCUGACGAUGAGGGCCGACGACGCCGCCGUGCGCGGUUCCACGACAUUGAGGACGAUGCGUCGAGAAUCGCAAAGGCGCUACGCAGCGACAGGAAAACCCCGGACCCGGAGCCCCUCAUUGAGAUCCUCCCCGGCCUCACCCACGACCAGGUCAUGGACCUCCGCAAGGAGUACAAGGCCCUCGUCAAGACGGGCGCCGACCGCAAGGGCGUCAACGUCGCCAAACACAUCCGCUCCCGCCUCAAGGACUCCGACCCGAACCUGAUGAAGGCCUGCUACGCCACAGCCCUCGGCCAGUGGGAGAGCGAGGCGUACUGGGCCAACUUCUGGUACCAGGGCGACAAGACGCGCCGGGAGCUGCUCAUCGAGUCGCUCAUGGGCCGCACGAACCACGAGAUCCGCCUCAUCAAGGACGGCUUCAGCGAUAAAAAGUACGACAACAGCCUGACAAAGUGCAUGAAGACGGAGCUCAAGGAAGAUAAGUUCAAAAAGGCCGUGCUCAUGGUGCUCGAGGAGCGCCGGAUGGAGGAGUACGACCCCUACGGCCGCCGCUUGGCGAUCGACUACCACUCGGUCGAGGAUGAUGUCUCGGACCUGCGCAAGGCCGUCAAGUCGGAGAAGGGCGGCGAGUCGCUCAUGAUUAGCAUUGUUGUGCAGAGGAGCGACUCACAUCUGCGCGAGGUGCUCAAAUUAUACGAGCGGACAUACCGUACCAACUUUGCUCGCGACGCGCUCAAGAAGAGCGGCAACCUAGUUGGAGAACUCCUCGCCCACGUCCUCAACGGCGUCAUCAACAGGCCCGUCCGCGACGCCCUACUAGUCCACCACGCCCUCACAGCAAGCCGCAAGGACGACCUGCGCCGCGAGCUGCUCAUCUCCCGCCUCGUCCGCUUCCACUGGGACCGCCACCACCUCGAGGCCAUCAAGCGCGCCUACCGGGAGCGGUACGGCCGCGACAUGCAGGAGGCCGUCCGCGAGGGCACCAGCGGCGAGUGGGGCAUGUUCUGUCGGGAGCUGUGCAUCUACCGCAUGCCCGACCAGGUGAAGAGCUACGAAAAGGUGCCGGCGCAGGUGCGGUGAGCGAUUUCUGGAAACCAAAAUGAAGAGCGGAAGGGGGAAUAACUUAAUUGCAUGAAGAGAUUGAUGAUGGGAUGUAAUGAGACCAUGUGAGAUGGGAGGUUAUUUGAAUGAAAUAUUGAUAUCAUA